UUGCCAUGACAGUGACUGUAGUUUUGUCACGUGUGGUUAUCUUUCCCCAGCGCGCGAGUCAACCUGCAUUGCACCGAUAAAACCAGACAGAUAGGGCAAGGGAUUGCAUGUAGUACAAAUUAGAUUGUUUUUUUAUGAAAAUGACUUUCAACAUAUACUUUUGCGGCAGCAUCCGAGGAGGGAGGCAGGACGUGGAGAUUUAUCAGAAGAUCGUGCAGAAGCUGCAACAAUACGGAAAAGUUCUAACAGAGCACGUCAGCUGCAGUGGUUUGUCCGAGAAAGGGGAGGUUGCUGUCCCACAGGGAGACAAGUCCAUUCACGACAGGGAUGUGGAGUGGCUGGAGGAGUCUGAUGUGAUUGUAGCAGAGGUGACGCAACCUUCCCUUGGGGUUGGGUAUGAGCUUGGGAGGGCUGUCGCCAUGAAUAAGAAGAUUCUCUGCCUUUUCCGCCCUUCAUCGGGUAGAGUUCUUUCUGCUAUGAUCAGGGGAGCAGAAAACAGAGCCAAGUUCCUGGUGCGGGACUACACAAGCGAAGAAGUUGAAGGAAUCAUAGAUGAAUAUUUCAGCAGUGACUGAAAUAUUCUAAGCGACUUCAUGCAGCAGGAUGUAAAAAUCAGACCUCCAGACAAGGAAUGCUGUCAGAAAGAUAGGUGUUCAGUUAUAUACCUGCAACAUACACUUGUAAAUGCAUGUUGUACAGAGAAAAAAAAACAGCAAAGGGCAUUUCUAGUGUGAAUAACAGGAUUCAUUCCUACUAAUGUGAUAUUACAUUAUUUGGAUAAUGUGGUUACUGUAAGGAAGAGUUUAGGGAUUAUCAUUACAAUAUAUAUUAUUUGUAUGUACUGCAAGAUUGUUCAGAAUCUUAUACAAUAUCAGACUUGUUUUGAAUAAACAUUUGUUCCCCAUCCCAUGUUUUCUUCUGCCACAAUGUACUGAAUGUACAUUAUCUGUCCACGCUUUGAAAACCCAGGGGCGACACAGUAAGCUUUUUAGUCUGUGUCAACAGGAUAGAUAUACAACAAAAAACACGUUUUUUUUCUACAGCCAUUGCUUUGCCUUACAAGUAUAUUAUUGUGCUUAAAAACACACCCCCCGCCUUACUUUUAUUACCCAUUUCGAGAUACAAGCCAGUACCAAAGAAAUAACAAACAUCAAUUAGCAGAAAAAGCUCUUUAUUUAGUAAACUGAAGUCGCAUAACUUCAGUUUCAUCUCCCUCCCCCCCCCAGAAAGAUAGAAGAUUAUAGGUGAUCAAUAUAACUAUAUGAAUAUAUAAGGAUAUCCCAACUCCCUGCUAGAACUAACUUGAAAACUCCCAUCAGACUUGUCGGACUGAAUCCGAGAUAUCUUAACAAAUAUUUGUCUAUAUAAGUGAACAUUUAACAUGCUCGAAAACAAUUAAUUUUUAAAAGAAAAAAAAACACAAGAAAAGCAUGUUAUAUGAAGUGCUGCUUUGCAAAAAAACCCCAAAAA